CUCCGUACAAAAACAUCGUGAACGCCCGCCCGCCUGCCCGCACGCACCCUCCGUUGACGCCUUCGUCCCUUCCCACAAAGCUUCUCCCGUCUACAUCUCCAUUGACGUCGCCGUUGGGUUUUGCCCCCUUCUCCCUUGCCUCUUGGGUCAACGCCGUCGACUUUGCGCUUCUUCUCCUCGCUCUCCCGCUUGCGCCCCCCCUCCCUCCCUCCCUCGCAGACAUCGCCCGCCGUCGUCGUCCUCCUCCUCGAGGCCUCGUGCUUUUUGCUACUGUAGUGCGCGCGCGCGCAUCACGCAGGGACAAAGAAACGACGAGGACCCCAGGAGCGGGCAUCUGCUUACCGUCUCCAUCGCGAGCACCAGUCGAGAGUCGUCGUCGAGAAGAGACUUGGUGGUGGCGGCCCUUGUUAUUGUUAUUGUUUGUUUGCGCCUGGACGCCCCCACGAGGACGGCGACCUUGAGCCCUAAGCAGCAGCAAUGGCUCCCACCUCGAGGCACGCCCAAAACAACAUGGGGCAGAUCAUCGAGUACAUUCCCGACCGGCUCUACCUCGCCGCCUACGUCAACCCGCCCACGUCGGAGACGCUCUUCCCGACGCCCGAGACGCCCGUCUCGCCGCGGAAGCGCUCUCAGCGCGCCGCCGCCGACUUGCCCUCCAGCAGCCGCGUGCCACCGUGCUACUUCACCGUCGACGACACCCUCCUCUACAAUGCCUUUCACCACGACUUUGGGCCGCUGCACAUUGGCCACCUGUACCGCUUCGCCAUCCGCUUCCACGACAUCCUCGGCGCCAAGGAGAACAAGGACCGGCCCGUCGUCUUCUGGAGCGCCGCCGACCCGAGGAGUCGCGCAAACGCCGCGUGCAUGCUCGCCUGCUACAUGGUCCUGAUCCAGAACUGGCCGCCCCAUCUCGCCCUUGCGCCCAUCGCCCAGGUCGACCCGCCGCUGAUGCCCUUUCGCGACGCCGGCUACAGCCAGGCCGACUACGGCAUCACCGUCCAGGACGUCGUCUACGGCGUCUGGAAGGCCAAGGAGGAAAAGUGCUGCGACCUGGACAACUUUGACCUCGAAAUGUACGAGAGGUUUGAGCGCGUCGAGCACGGCGACUUCAACUGGAUCACGCCGCACUUCCUCGCCUUUGCCUCGCCCCAGCACACGCCCGUGGCCAAGGUGACCGAGGGCUCCGACCUCUUCUCCUCCCUGCCCCGGGAUCUCGCCGCCGUCGACGCCCAUCCCACCCUCCCCCAGCCCUUCAAGAACGUCCUGCGCCACUUCUCCGAGAAGAACAUUGGCCUCGUCGUCCGCCUCAACUCGCCUCUCUACUCCCCUUCGUACUUUGAGGCCCUCGGCAUCCAGCACCUCGACAUGAUCUUCGACGACGGCACCUGCCCGACGCUGACCACGGUGCGCAAGUUCAUCCGCCUCGCGCACGAGACCAUCACCGUCCGCAAGAAGGGCAUCGCCGUCCAUUGCAAGGCCGGCCUGGGCCGCACCGGCUGCCUCAUCGGCGCCUACCUCAUCUACCGCCACGGCUUCACCGCCGACGAGGUUAUCUCCUUUAUGCGCUUCAUGCGCCCCGGCAUGGUCGUCGGCCCCCAGCAGCACUGGCUUCACCUGAACCAGGGCACCUUCAGGGAGUGGUGGAUCGAGGAGCGCGUCGAGCGCAAGCUGCGCCGCGAGAUGGCCGCCGCCUCCCAGCACGCCCCCAGCACCCCCAUGCGCGCCAUGCACAAGUCGGCCAUCCGCAGCAGCCAGCUGUCGACGCCCCCCAACCGCAGUCCCUCGAACCGCACGCCCCUGAGCGAGGUCGACCACGACCGCAACAACAACGUCGGCGUCCACGAGGACUACCUGCCCGCCCCGACGCCCGGCCAGCCGCGCAAAACGACGCGCGCGGACCGCCAUCACCCCUACCAACGCUCCACCUCGCAUCACACCACGGUCGAGGAGGAGACGGGCGUCGAGCACGAGACGGAGCUUGUCACGAUGCACCGCCACUCCCAGGGCGCCGAGUCGGACGAGGAGAUUCACCUGCGCAUGCGCAGUCAUCGCAAGCCCUCGCAGUCGCCGGGCCGGUCUGCCAAGGCGCGGUCCGUCAGCCAGACCACGACCACGACGACGUCGUCGAGCAUCUACACCCACGUCGACAACGACUCGUCCCAGGACGCCGAGAACAUUGGGUCCAUGCGGCCCAAGCAGGCCGACCGCGUCGCCAGCACGCCCGGCGUCCUGACUAGGGUCCGCGGGAGCAAGCGUGCGGGCUCCGAGUCGCCGCUGCGGGCCAAGGACUCGGCCGGCAUCCGCAAGACGAGCGGCCGCAUCGGGAGCGCCAGCGUCGCCGCAUCUACGGCCCGGAAGGUGUCUGGGUCGUAGGCGACGAGCCCGCUCCGGACCUGUCGAUGAUUACGACGACGGACAAGGUGGUGGGUGGUGCUUCUUCCUCCCGAGAGAGGAGAGGGAGGGUGGCCCAUGACACGGUGUAACGACUGCAACGACGUAACGUACAAGGUGAUGCGUACAUGGAUGCAUUCGCGCAUACAUGGGGAAUGACUGGCGUUUCAAAAGGUUGGGCGCAAGACAAAGACACGGGACGCACGAGGCGCAGGGCGGACCAAGGGGCACCGUCAGAAAGGGGACCUCUGGGUUCUAUCUACUGCUCCGACGCCGGCGCGGAACAGGCGAUGAUGCUCCGAUGGUGUCCCCUACGACCAAUGGCGAUGGCGCCCGUGCCGGGACUACGUUUUCCGGCUCUGCCAUCGAUUGAGGGACGUGGUUGGGCAAGCCUCGGGAACGGCGCAAGGAGAGCUCGAAAAGAAGAAGAAGAAGAAGCGAGGGAAAGAUGGGGGGAGAGAGAGAUGUCGAGAAGCCGACGGGGAGGGAAUGUCCCCGCUCCUUUGGUGAUUCGUUUUUUUUUGGCGACGCGAGGAAACGGACAUCAUGGUAUACGGAGUUUUUUUUUUUUUUGCUUUUUCUCUUUUCUUCUUCUAUUUCCCGCUGGCUCAUUUGCUUCUUCCCGCGUUCCCCGUGGCUUUAUUGUGAGAGUAUAGUCUUAUUUUUAUGACGCGGGCAGCCAU